GCGCGCUUAAAUUUAGCUUACAUAUAAAAAGCUAUACUCCCAAUAAUAUAUUCUUUGAAAAUGGAUUCUAACUUAGGACGUGGAUUUUAUGAGGUUUAUUGUUCCUCUAAAGAAAUACUAAAGAAUAAACAAAGGCAUUUGUUUUGUAAUAUGUUGGAUCUUUUGUCCAACACUAGUAAGAGUACUCCAGCUGCAGUGGUUGCUAAGAUAAUGCCUGCUGACGAUUUGGUUCGAUUUUGGAUAGAAGAUGUACUACCAUUAGCUUUCGACGAAGAUCCGUCUAUACAGGGAUGUGCUGUAUCAGCUUUGGAACAAGGUUUAUCGACACUAGAUAUUGGGCACAUUCAAGGCUGUAGUGAGUGGAAUAGUGUUAAGAACAUAAUUGUGAAAGAAUAUGCUUCUCGUUUACAUCGCUUGAGAGACGACCGCAGCCAAUACUGGCAUCGAGUUUGGUGUAUACUUAUUCGAUUGCUGGAUCGUGAAAUUUUGAAAAGCGCCAGCACAAUAAACUUGUUUCUGUCGAUUGUUGAGCUUGGAUUUCGUAGCCCGGAUAAUAAUGUGCGUGCAGAAGCUUUUACAUGCUGGCAUCUUCUAAUUCAAAUAUUUGCUAAUCAUAAUCAGUUGUCUUCCUCCAAAAGGCUAAAGCUGGUUUGCAUUCCCCUUAAAUCGUCGCAGUCAAAAACCCCAUAUGUGGCAGCCGUAAAGUUACGUAUAUGGUGGUAUUUGAUAACAUGCUUGGGUCCACACAUAGAAGAUCAUUUUGAAAAUGUCGUUGAGGCAUUUCUUAUAUUUUGCUUUGGAUCAGAAUCGAAAAGUACACCUGGCGUGGCUCAGCAGUACGUAUCCGUCAGGGAAAUGGCACUAACUUGUUUAGCUUCAAUUGUAACCACAGAGCAGGACGAGUUUUUACAACGAUUGCUACGCGAAUAUGAGUUGGAAACGUGUCAACGCUCACCAAUAAUAAGUUUUAAUAUUGUAGAGAAGCAUUGGAAGCCAAUAUUAUUCUCGGUGUUGGAGGCGACUAGCUCGCUAGUCGAAAGUGAAAAGCAGAGUGAUCUUGAACAUCGGCUUUUAAAUGUGCUCAUAAAAAGUGGAACUCAGUUAAUGAUUAGGAGUGAUGUGGCCCCGUUAUAUGAGUAUUUUUGUUCUGGCUUAACGCAAAUAGCCAUAAAGAGUUGCCGGCCGCUGACAAUAGUCCCCAAUGUGAUUGCAACUGAAGGUCUUCGUUUUUCACGAUCAUUAAUAGAUUUGGAUAAUUAUGCUAAAGUAUUGCAAUGUCUAAUAAAAUUUUUGGCAUCAGGGUUUGAAGCUGUAGACCUUGGUAUUAUUGAGCGUUGCAUUACUCUAAUUUUCAAUUUGGAUGCUUUUUUGGAUAAAGGACAUUGCUAUCGUGCUGUGGAAGUCAUAGCUGAUUAUCUUUUAAGCAUGCCAAAUGAUGAAGGUUUUGUACAUUUUGAAGUAAAAUUUUUAAUAUGGCGCUACAUCUCAUCUGAAAUGGUACAUCAUAUAAGGAGUAAUACAUUCGGUCGAUCUGCUGAGGAGUUUGCUCAUAUUUUAAUAUCUUGGAGCUUGUGGCCAUUGCGUAUGAUUAUGGAAUUUACUGGACGUCGUAACAGUUCUAUUUUUGAUGAGCAUUUCUAUUCACUCUGGCAUAACUUGCUGCAACUUACUGAUAAUACCAUGCACAGAUCUAAACAUUUGACAGAAGUCGGCGAAGUUUUAAAUGCAAUUUCAAAGUCUGGUUACGAGUGGGGAAUUUUUAUUAAUCUUUUUAACGCCUACGCUGAGGAGGUAAUAAAACACGAUUGUAGUAGCUUCUUAAAACAGUACGAGCAAUUAUUUUCAAUUCUAAGCGAAGUAAUACAAAAAAAUGUGCAGCAGAAAGAAAAGGAAAAAUUACUCACAAUAUUAAGAUGUGUGCUGCAUAGUUUAAAAUCCUCAGAGCGUAGCUCUUUGAUGGAGAUAAUUAAAUCCACCCUUAAACAUGCCAUACGUAAUUCAACAAAAGAAAGCAUGGAUCCUAAAUUUUUCGGGGAGUGGAAAAAUUCUAUUUUAAACAUAGCACGUGCUUCAAUGGACAAAAAUUAUAUAAGUCAGGUGGCGGAAUUGUUCAAAGAUGAUGUGUAUGUUAUAAUACCCUCAGUGUGGAGUCUUAAGCCUGAAAAAUUAACCGAUAGGCAAAAGGAGCGUUUAGCCGAGAAAACUAAUAUUCCUGCUCUAUAUAACGACAUGAGUCAGUCGCAGGAUUCGCUAAUAAAACCUUGGACGCCGAAAAAAAUAGUUAUUGCGAAGGAAGAUCAAAAUGAAAUAGUUAUAGAGGGUUCGAAUAUGCGUCAAAAAGAAACUAAUACGAAUAAAAUGGAAGCUUUCCAAAGCAGCACUUCAUUCAGUAUACCAAAGGCUAAGUUGGAUAAUUCUGCAAGUCAACGGAAUAUGGAAGUAAGUCUUUUGUUGUCGUCGACUAUUAACAAAGAAAAUGUGCAAGACUUGCCUAACGGUACAACGGACAAAUUAAAAGACAUAAAAAUUCCCGAAAAGAACCCAUCAGAAUGUUCAAAACAGACUAACGAAUGUGAUGAUGAACUCUUAAAAGCAAAUAUAACGGAUCCAAAAAGCGCGCAGGCAUUAAGUCGUGAAUUAUCGCCAAUAGCUCACGAACCGGCCAAAUGUACACUUGAUGAUGUAACGAGGGGACAAUCCAAUGAUAUUCGUCAAGAUCGGCACCUGGAUUGUAUUGAUGGCGGUGGUGCGGACUUGCCAAGCUCUUAUGGGCCAGAAACAUCAAAGGAAAUGUCGCCUAAAAGGACUUCAACAAAGAAUUCCCUCUUGCUAUCACCACCAGAUCGCAAACUAACAAAUAACAACAGUAGCCCAAAGUUACGACCGAAGCCACCAGCACACCUCACCGGACGAGGUGCGCAGCUCAUUAACAUGAUACGUAAUAGGAAAAUAGACGCACAAUCACCGCAAACUGCGAUACCCAGAUUAUCUUUGGCUAGAAAUGAUAGUAUGGAGCGUAUUGUGUCUGAUGCGGACAUGGCAGGGAUUGAGCAUACGUCAACCCCGCUGCACAACAAAGAUAUUUUAACAUUCACUAAACGACUACCGUCGCCUUCUGCCAGCCCGUCAACAAGUAUUUUGAAACGAAGUCUUCGCAGGGAUAGCCUGGAAGAAAUAGCUAUGGAUUCGCCAGCAUGUAAGAAGAAGAGAGUGAGUUUUCAUGAUCCUCCGGUUUCAGUGACCAAGGAAUAUAUAAAAUUCAAUGAUGAAAACAAAAGUAAACCUAAGCGAUGCCUUAUGAUGGAUAAAGUUCAAUCGAGUGCUGAGAAAAUUUCAGAAAAUAAAUAUGCACUGAAGCGGCGAAGUAAACUGGAUAGCAUUAUUGAGAUUGAAAAAUUUGGAUUUCACCAAUCUAGCAAAGCACAAGAUCAGCCCACGAAUUCUGGCGUUCGAUCAGAAGUGUUGGAAGAUGACAAUGUUUGUUGCUUGGAUCCUUUGGGUGAAGAGAACAGACCUAGUGAGAAAACUGCUGGAGAAAUUGCUCAUAACAGAUAUAAUCAAAUAGCUGGGGAAAAUAACAUUGGCUUAGGAAAUUCAAAUAAUUUACUUGAAAUGGCGAUACAAAAGUAUUCUCUAGAAGAACUCUUGGAAAAAUACUUAGAUUCUGGUACUGAUUCAAAAUUAAAGUGCUAUAAUACAAUGUCGAAAAUGAUAUCGAAAGGUAUGAGUGGCGAUUCUAAGAUAAAAGGUAGCGUUCUCGAAGCGCUUUCCGAAAACCAUUCAAAAGAUUUUCUAGAUCAUGCAAUAAGAGAAAAUCUUGCAUCGGUGGUAUGCGAUCGGCUGAAUUUACCCUCAGUUAUUGAAUACGUAUGUGAAAAGUCAAAAAUUAAUACGACUUGUAGAGCAAAUGUAUUGCUACAAGUUCCGGAUAUCUUAAAGCAUUGCAAACAAGACGCGGAGCGCUUAAAGUUUGUUCAAACAAUAUUGAGUAGCAUCAGCUUAAAAGAUGCCGAUAUUCUGGAUGUGAUUAAUACUUUGUUGCGCAUGCGAUCCAUGGACAAAACAAGUUCUGCAACAGUUUCAGAAGCCGCCAUAGAUUCUUCAUCUAACCUAUAAUGCCUAGCUUUAAAUGACCAUGUAAACUUGUCUAUGGCGAAAGAAUAUUCAUACAUGCUAUGUACAUAUAAUAUAAGAAAAAUAAAGUUUCUUAAUUUGGCCAAUAAAA